GUGAGGUUUAGAGAAGGGAGUAGUGGAGAGUAUGGCAGACCGGGAUAUACUGAGGGUGACUCUUUCCCUGCGACGAGAUAGGACGGGUGGCUGGGAAGGAGAGGAGUUAGAGAUUGUUGAGCGACAGAUCGGACUCAUGACGGAACAUGCCCUGGAGAUAUGGAGGAGUCAAAGGGGUUAUGGCAUCACAGAAUAUCAGGAGAAGUGGGAGCUUCAUGCAAGUCGGAGUCAGUGGUCAGAGGAAGAAAUUAUAGAAAACUUCCUAUUUAAUGUGGACCCAAGUCUCGGUAGGGAAGUUAAGGAAGCUCGACCGAAGGAUGGGAAAUGGACUACGUACAAGAAGAACCUCGUUGAGCUUUACAAAUUGGAGGAUAACAAGUACUCCAUCAAAGACCUUGAGACGAUGACUCAAGAUGAAGAUGAGAGCGUACGGGCAAUUGGGAUGCGUUUCCAGAAGAUCUCCGACGUGCUGAUGAAGAAAGGGAAGAUCUCAGAGGUCGAGCGCUGUACUAUCUUCAUCGGCCACCUGUCCAAAGGUAGACAAAAGAGUAUACUUAGAGAUCUUCUGCGAGACAAGCUUGACUUCCCAGAAGUCCUAAAGCUCGCGAUAAAGGCAGAGGCAGAUGACUACAAGGACUUGGUGUGGAAAGGGAUGAGGAGGCGUGACUUCUCCCUCUACAAGGAGUAUGCCACCGAUAGAUGUCCUGAUUUCAAGGACCAUCCCUGGUCAAAGAAGAAUGAAGCCGUGGCCGAAGAAGUGAAGGAGAUAAGGGACAUGGUAAAGGGAUUGACAAGACAGGUUACAGAAAUUGUAACCACCACAGGAGCCACGGCAUACCGGAACAAGCCCGGAGGGCCCUAUUCACUUCGCUGGGACCGGAGGAACACUGAUUCCUGGAGGAGUGUUGAGGAUAGAAAUCCUCGAACACUGACUGAUUAUCGUACAAGGGAAAGGGAGAAAGACGAUGAGCCAUGUCGACGUAGGGAUGAUGAGAUAGACCGGGACCGCAGGACUCGCGAGAUGUAUGGGCGUGCUAGGAGACUGGAUGACUACUCGUGUAGCCCUCGCUAUGAGCCUGACGGGGGUAGAAGCGACUCUCGAGGCCGGUGGGAGUCGGAUCAGGGCCGGCGAGAUGGAUGCAGGGAUGGUAGAUAUGAGAUAUCGGACCGCGAUGGACGUAGAAACGACAGAUAUGAAAGGUCGGAUCGAGACAGAUACAGGGAUGGUAGAUAUGAGAGAUCGAACCGCGAUGGGUAUAGAGACGAGAGAUAUGAGAGAUCGGAUCGAGACGGAUACAGGGGUGGCAGAUAUGAGAGAGGAGAUCGGGCCGAUGAUUCACGCGGGCGGUACGACCGAGGAGACCGACGUGAUGAUUCACGCGGGCGAUACGACCGAGGAGACCGACGUGAUGAUUCACGCGGGCAAUACGAAUACGGAGACCGCCGCAAUGAUUCGCGCGGCAGGAAUGAGAGAGGGGGAUAUGGCGCUUCGGCUGACCCGUAUCCGAAGUCCCCUGACCCGAGAGCMRCGAGAGGUUCGACCUCCAGAGGCGCAGACGACAGRCCACCCAYACCCAAGAACUCUUGCGUUUACUGCAGGGGGGAUGAUCAUAUCAAGAGAGAUUGUCCGGAUCUCAAACGAGCAAUAGAUGAAGGCCUUGUCGUGCUUGAUGACCGCAAGUACGUCAAAUGGGCAGAUGAUCUGGGAGACGUAUCGAUGUUCCCCUCGAUGAAGGAGAAUGUCGAAGCAAGGAGAGUAAAGCCGAGUAAAGGAAAGGAGCCGGUUAGGAGCCAGAGCAUCAAGAUAACUUUCGAAGGAGAUAUGGCGACCACACCCAUAAGGGUGGCAACUACCAAGUCCGCGAGAGGGACUACAUCGAAGAAGACCGACACGGAUUACGUGAUGGCGGAGAAGGACGGCGGAGAGCGGAUCGAUGGAGAGGAGGUUAUUCUUUCGCCGUGAAAGCGGGGAGUAAAGAAGUUCUUGAUGA